AUGUCGAGCGGAACAUCAUCAGGAAGAUGGAGAUAUGUGGUGCUCCUCACCAAGUUUAGUCUUGAUUUCCUGACCCAGGGGCUCUUGAAAGCCUUUGGUGUCCUCGUCCCAGCCCUUGUCGACAAAUUUGAGACCAACUAUGGAACGAUCGGUUUCAUCUUAUCGGUGGAGUUAACCGUGUUUUUCAUGGCGUGUCCUCUUGUACGCAUCUUGGCCAAAUGGAUUAACCCUAGAGCACUUUGCAUUAUGGGUAGUAUGGGAUCAAGUGCAGCAAUCGCCGCUUCAGCUUAUGUGGAUCAAACCGUCUUGUUUGGCGUUGCCAUGUUCAUGACGGGACUGUUUAGUGCCCCAAUAAAUCAGAUAUCAUACGAAGUCCUCCAUCAAUAUUUUGGAGAGAGGUUCGGCUUUGUGAAUUCUAUAUGCCUCCUGGGAUCUUUGGUGGGCGGUAUGGCCUUUCCAGUUCUCACCUUCAAACUACUGGACGCAUAUGGACUUGAGGGCGCCCUUGUAUGUCUUGCAGCUGUUUAUCUACAUUGCGUUCCUAUUGCGAUUACCUUCAGAUCGCCACAUGCGUCGAGAACUGGAUAUCACCAAGCGUCCUCAUGCGAAGAUAUACCAAGUGAUGUUGGAAUAGCGGCUGACCUCUCCGAUGAACAAGGAUCAACUUUUCAACCUGGUGAUUUUGAAACAACGGAGCAAAACCCUUUAACAGUUCAUCAACGAGAACAGACUGUCACAUCAAGAAUCGUAGACUUCUUCCUGGUUACUUUAAAUUUCAGAGUCCUUGUCCAAGAAAAGGCAUUUUGUUUGUUAUUCUUGCCGUGUAAGUUCAUUGUACAGGCCCUCAUGGUCAGUUGGACACUCUUCGUGGUGUCGUAUGCAGUCACGAAAGGCCUUGAUGAAUCCUUGGCGGCCUAUCUACCACUUACUGGUGCCCUCGGUGGUUUCAUCAACCAAACGGUCGUCACCUUCAUCCUGCAUUUUCGACCACACUGGGGCGCGAUGAUAUUUACCAUAAACAUGGCAUCUGCAGCUGUAGCCUUCUUCUUCUAUCAACUCAAUGCAUCCUUCAUCAACUUUUUAGUCUGCUCGUUUUUUGCCGGAGGUUGCGUCUUCGGAUCCUUUCCAGCCACGUACUCUGUUCUGCUCUUUUAUGUCGCGACAGAAAACUUUGCAAGCAUUCUUUCUAUCAAGCUUUUUGUGACAGGAGCCGCAGUGGUUUCAUCCGGUUACAUGUCAGGAAGUAUUUACGAUGUCACUGGAUCGUUCGACGAUGCCUUCAUGAUUCUUGGAGCUAUGAGCGCCGCGGCAGCCUUCCUUUCUGUUGUUCUGAUGCUAGUAAAGAAAGUACGAGGAGAAGCUGAUUGAACCAGGGCCAAGCCUUUAAUACAAAGAUUAACGA